AGCCGGAGCCCCGACCCGCCAUGGCGGCGGCAGCUGCCGUCUCCCGGCCCUCUCGCCUGUUACUAGGAUCCCAGGCCCAUCGCCAGCUCUUCACAAACACUUCCGGGGCGCGAGUCGGGGCUUCAUCGUUCCGGCCGCUCGGCCCGCCCGGGAGGGUGCCGUACAUAGCGCCUGAUGAUCAAUCACUCGGCACCGCCCCUCUAGCCACGAGGUUCACAGCGCAGUUCCCCACCGCCUUGCGAGAGCAGCAUUCGGGGUCUGAGUCGCCAUUCCCGAAUGGGACUAGCCCGGUUCUACGGAUCAGGCACUAUCCCUGCCACCUCGAGAGGGAGGCCCCGAGACUCCGUGCCGCGCACUGCAUGUUGGGAAGUGUAGUCCUGCUGUGGGGAGGGUCACACGGGAGUCAUGGGACUUUUAGGAGAUACGUGGCAGGAGGGGUGUGUAAGUCAACAACUAAGCUGAAUGGGAAGGUGGUGAUGAUCACGGGGGCCAACACAGGCAUUGGGAAGGAGACAGCCAGAGAUCUCGCACAAAGAGGUGCCAGGGUGAUCAUUGCCUGCAGAGACAUGGCAAAGGGGGAAGCAGCAGCCUGUGAGAUCCGAGCUGAGACAGGGAACCAACAAGUAAUUGUGAAGAAGCUGGAUCUGGCUGAUACCAAGUCUAUCCGAGAGUUUGCUGAGAACUUCCUAGCAGAGGAGAAGGAGCUACAUAUCCUCAUUAACAAUGCAGGUGUGAUGCUGUGCCCUUACUCCAAGACGGCUGAUGGCUUUGAGAUGCAUCUGGGAGUCAAUCACCUUGGUCACUUCCUCUUGACAUUCCUGUUGCUGGAGUGCCUGAAGCAGUCGGCCCCAGCCCGCAUAGUCAAUGUGUCCUCACUGGCUCAUCAUGGAGGCAGGAUCCGCUUCCAUGACCUCCAGGGUGAGAAGUGCUACAACUGGGGCCUUGCGUAUUGUCACAGUAAAUUGGCCAAUGUACUCUUCACCCGGGAGCUGGCCAGACGCCUGCAAGGCACUGGAGUCACUGCAAACUCGCUGCAUCCAGGCUCUGUUUAUUCCGAAUUGGUCCGGCACUCGAUUCUAAUGUCCCUGCUGUGGAAGACGUUUUCUUUUUUCUUGAAGACUCCACGCGAAGGAGCCCAGACCAGCGUGUACUGUGCAGUGGCUGAGGAACUGGAGUCUGUGACUGGACAAUAUUUCAGUGACUGCCGGCCAGCCUAUGUGUCCCCUCAAGGCCGGAGUGAUGAGCUGGCAAAGAAGCUUUGGAAUGUCAGUUGCGAGCUGCUGGGCAUCCAGUGGGACUGAACGGUGGAAACCCCUGAGCUAUAGUGAGAUAAGCCUGGAUUUGAUGUUCUGAAGGAGCUCUUUGCUUGGGCAGAGGAACACAAGCAACCAUACAGCCAGCCCACUGCCUGGCACUUGCUGCGGCUUUACCAGUGACUUUAUAGACACAACUGCCCUUGAACUUCUGUGAUGUGUUAUGUUUUAAAAGAAAAGGUGAGAUUACUGCCCCACUCAUCCCCCUUUCCUAACUGGAGGCUCAGGGCAAAGUGCAGGGACUCAGGGCUUAUCGUUUCCCCUCCCAGCCUUCCAUUCCCAUUCCACAACACAUUAUUCCCCUGGUUCCCCAAUAGAAGUGGAGGCUUUAGGUCAGUUAGGUUUCUGUACAAGACAAUUUAGAAAUUUUGCUUGAUGCUUAUGGAAGGAUCUUUAUGCAGCAGUAGUAACCAGACUGGUUGAGGGUUUCCUUCAAUGUAUGCUCCACUGAGUCACUUGUCUCUGCUCCACUGCUUGGGAGGGGAUCCUAAAGCUGCAGCAAGCCCCAGCUCACAGGAGCAAGUCUCAGGUGAUCUAUGCUGAGGCCCCUCUUGCCCCUCGAGAUUGUUAAUCAGUUGUACUUCAGUAGCCCUUGUUGCCCCAACCAGGCUUGAGGGCCACUUUGUGCUAGGCACUGCAUAAACAGAAUAGAAGAGGGUACUUGUACUAAGCAAGCCAUGCCCUUAAGCAGAAGGGCACAGCUUCUGCAGCUCUUUGCAACCUAGGUUGUCAGACAAGCACCACAUGGGGCAGCCCAUCUGAUUACCUUUUACAUAGUAGAAGGAAGCCUAGAGCAGGCUUAUUAAGAAAUACCUGGCCCUUUACAUCUUCUCAUCAAUGCUGAAGUCUUAAAUUUGUCAUAAUAAAAGCCACAUGUACCUUGUAGGUUUUGGAAUUCUGAGGGGGGGGGGGGAAAGAGAGGGGAGAGCUGCCAGUAGAGAGUGAGCUGAGACGUGUGAGUUGUGUAUAGGGUAGUAAGUAACAGAGCCUGCCCUCUACUUAGCAGAGUGAUUCAAGCUGUGGCAGAUACAUCAUUGCCACGUUUGCUGUCCUGAUGGAGGAUAUUGGAAUCGCAGCCAUAUGUACAGUAGAGCAGACAAAGGCAGGGAUCAUCCAUAGUGAGACAGCAAUGGCCACAUUAGCAAUGGGGCAAGAAGGCGAGAGUAGACUCUAGUUUACAUUGGCAUUAAGUUUGCCUGCCCAGUAGUUCUAGGGAGAGGCUAGCCAAGGCUGGCAUGUGGCACUUGCCCUUUGCAACAGGGGUGACCAACAUGUUGCAAGUAAAGUUGGUCAUUGCUGCAGACAGGCAGACUCCAAACUCUUCCCACCCUGUGUGGUAAUUGAGCUGCUUGGCUAUAAGAUGGCAUAUUUUGUACUUCAUUUGAAUUUUUUUUCUGGAAGCAUCACAUGGCUAAAAUGUCACUGCAGUCAGGGUAUCACAGCUUGCAGGAUUGCCUUCCACCUAUUAGGAAAUCCAGACAUUCAGUCCUGUACUCUGUGUAGUCACAAGUGAAUGGUAUUUGCUCUGAGAAGAAGAUGCCUAGUUCCUGAUGAGGUUAGCACUACCAGCUCUCUACGGCGAGGCUUGACCCUGCAAGUCACCACUGAGUUACCUCCAACUGUUACAUUACUAAAUAAAAUCA